AUGUCUUUAUUUGAAGUAGACGGAUGGGGGCUAGAAAAACGGAAAUUAGGACUCGACAAAUCCAGCGUGGACAUUGAACCGAAAAAGCCGAGUAAUAACAGCUCGGGGGAGGAUAGAAGUCAGGACAAGCAGGAUAGAAGAGAGAAGAGUGGUAAGCGUGACAAGAACGACAAGAAAGGUAAGAAGAGAAGUAAAGAUGACACAGACUACGAAGCCAGUGAAAUCUCUGAGCAAAACGAAACGAAGAGGCAGAAAAGUGAAAUACCACCGGGGGUUCCUGAUGGAAUUGAUCCAUCGAACCUCACUCCUCUACAACGUAAGAUGCUUUCUAAGUUGAGUGGAUCUCGGUUCCGUUGGAUCAAUGAACAGUUAUACACGACUGACUCAGCAACUGCUUUGAGCAUGAUCAGCAAGCAGCCAGAGUUAUUCGAAGAAUAUCAUAAAGGUUUUGCUUCACAAGUCGAAUCGUGGCCGGAAAACCCAGUGGACACGUUCACUCGUGAGUUGGUCUACAGAGGAGUCAACAAGAUGGUGAGCUCUCCUGGCGGAUUACCUGGUGUUGUGGUAAACGGCCACAGGAAGGUAGUUGUGUCGGACAUGGGCUGUGGUGAGGCAAACCUCGCCGUGCAGAUUGAUAACUUCAUGGAAGAAUACAAGAAGGACGGGAAACAGGCGCUGAAGAAGUUCAAGAAAAAGUAUGGGGGCGGCAAAGAUGCUGCGUUGAAGAACAAGAAGCUCGAUUUCGAAGUCCACAGCUUUGACCUCAAGAAGAUCAACGACAAGAUCACCGUGGCAGACAUCAAGAACGUGCCCAUGGCGGAUGAGAGCUGCAGUGUUGUCAUUUUUUGUUUGAGUUUGAUGGGCACCAAUUUCUUGGAUUUCAUCAAGGAGGCAUCGAGAAUCCUCAUGAAGGGCGGCGAGCUCUGGAUCACCGAGAUCAAGAGUCGUCUCUCCGACCCGAAGUGUGUGGACUUCAUCAAAGCGAUCGAGGGUCUCGGGUUCAAGCUGAGAAACUUCGACGACGCAAACAAGAUGUUCACGAAGUUCGAGUUCUUCAAGCCGAUCAAGAGCGCCAAGGUGAGCAACGUCGGGGAAAUCAGAAACGGCCAAACCGAGGGCAAGUGGCUUCUCAAGCCCUGUAUCUACAAGAGGAGGUAG